AUGUCCGCAGCAAAGACCACAGUGCCGAUUUACUUCGGCUCCUUUCUAGUCACACCACAGGUCUUCUUCCAAACACCACUAUCCUUCGCCCUCGUCAAUCUCAAACCAAUUCUCCCCGGUCAUGUCCUCGUCUCACCACAUCGUGUUGUCCCCCGCGUAGCAGAUCUCACACCAGCCGAAACAAGCGAUCUCUUCCUAACAGUCCGCCGCGUGGGCCGGAUGGUAGAGCGGGUAUAUGGCGCCUCAAGCCUAAACAUCGCUAUUCAAGAUGGCGUACAUGCAGGCCAGAGCGUGCCGCAUGUACAUGCGCACAUUAUCCCGCGUAAAAAUGCCGAUCUAGACAGCCGAGGUGGUACAGAUGCUGUUUAUGAUAUGCUAGAUGGGGAGGAGGGGAAUGUCGGAAAGGCGUUGCGAGAGAGUCAGGCAGAGGUAGAUGAGAAGAAGAGGUCACGCUUCCCUGUUGUUGAUAAUGAUGCGCGUAAGCCGCGGACUGCUGAGGAUAUGAGGAGCGAGGCUGAGAUACUUGCGCUUGAAAUGGAGAAAGAGGUUGUUGAUUGA